AUGUCUUCGACAAAGAAAUCAGCCAGUGUCGGUGCGGGUACAGUCGUUACGGGUGGGUUUCUUAACCCCGGUAGUCCAUCCGGAUCUGACUUGAGCGAUUCGAGUUUACCUGGAAUGCCUUUAACACAAGUUUUCACACCCCUCCCUUUAUCAGGUGCCAUUGCUCCGUUGAGUCAUCAUCAUCAUCAUCAGAUUGAUACUUCAUCUUCAGCUACCGAUCCACCUACUUCUCUCAGCCUCUCGCUGCCAUCUUCCGAUUCAUCCGAAGUAUCGAAUCGCGGGUCUGGGUCUGCGUUCGGAUCGGUUCCGACAUCUGCGAGGAUAUAUCUGUCAAUUCCCAACAGUGGUAUCAGAGCAAGGUUUAUUGCUAAAGAAAGUCAACACAAGAAGAUCAAGAAAGCUGUUCAAAGCUGGAAGAACUUGAUCCACAGCAAGAAGAUUAUGCACUUUAGGAUUCUAUGGAUAUUCCUUUGA